AUGUCGAGUCUCGCGACGACACUCACGAUCGCGCGGUCCUGGAGCGCAGCCCAACUGGCCUACGCGUUCGACGCAACCCCAAUCUGGGCCUCGACUGAACCUCUCGCGAACGUUAGUUCCAUGUCUAACCAAGAUACGAAUUCGUGGUUGGUCGAUCGGUGGAACCUUGAUGGUAAAGUCGGAGGUGCGAGUGCGAACCUCGUGCAAUUCGUCGAGGACCCCUUCUCCAGUUCGACAAACAGGAACGCUUCGGAUGACGACUCUUCACUGGUGUUAGGAAUCACGUAUCCCAGCGGUAUCAAAGGAGGGGUACAGUUUUGGCCGUUACCGUUCGACGGCCUCACAAAACCGCCGCAGCGAGCCGUUCUCACCUAUCAGGUGAGUUUUUCGGCAAUCAAACAGAUUAUGUGUUUUCGGUAUUAACAUAAUGCUUGACUUUGACAGGUCGCGUUCGAGCCAGGUUUCAACUUCAUGCUAGGCGGCAAACUCCCAGGUAGGCAUGCUCCAGUGGAUCCUGGCCAAGGUUCUGCUAAGGGGCUCACAGUGCAGUUUACGCAGGUCUUUACGGUGGCGCAACGACGGGUGAAUGCACUGGUGGGAACCGACAAUUUUCCUGCUUUUCGACUCGCUUCAUGUGGCGAAGCAAAGGGGCGGGAGAGGUGUAGGUCUGGCACAGGGGAAAAGCUGCAGUUGGAUGAACAACUGUGCCUUGAACUCGUGUUCUCCCGCAGAUACGCCUACAUCCCUACAUACCCGCACUUGUGCAACCAGAGUGAUAUCUCAUGUCCGGACAAAUACGGGAUUCAGAUUUCACUCGGCGCUUUCAACUUCACCGUGGGAGGGUAAGCACUUGGAUGUCUCGGGUGGAAGUCGUCCCGACUCUUGACAAUUAUGCAAUGCACCUGCAGAUGGACGACGGUGACACAGCUCGUGGGAAUGAAUACACCACCCUUGGCGAAUGGAUGGCUUUACGUCUACAUCAAUGAUACCCUCGUCAGUACGCCGUCACAAUGUAUGAUCGGCACUUUUUAUUCUUAAGUCUCCUCGUUUUUUGGCAGGUGAUCCAACACACGGGCAUCGUCUUUCGUUCCGAUCCGAACGUCACAUUGUCGCGGGUGCUCUUCUCAACCUUCUUUGGUGGUUCCACCUCGGCGUGGUACCCUUCCAAAACGCAACAUGCAUACUUCCGCAAUUUUAAAGUGAGUCCGCAUCGACAGACGUUCCCGCGAUGUCUCAAAUAACACAUGGACUUCAUUAUUCUAGGUCUGGGCAAGCUCGAAAGCAUCGAACACGACGGGUCCCAAGGUCCAAGCUUCGUUGCAUACGACCGAUACGUCAGAGGAAGAAGAUGCGCAAAGCGCUUCCGUUACGAGCGGGACGACAGCGCGGCGCCAGAAGGGGUUCGAGGUGAGGGGAACAAGAACGAGAGCAUUCGGUGUGGUGUGGACGCUAUUGUGGAUCUAUCUUUAUGUUGUAGGCUUGUGA